GAACAUACAUGGGCUGGAUACUUUCGUGUCUCGCAGUUUUAAUUCAUUGACAUUUUAUACAUGAGAAGAUUUACUAACCUGUGAGAUUAAUUAAUUGAAGUGGCGUGUUUACCUUUCAGUGGCUGUUGGCACGUCGAGGAAAAUACUGGACGCAUUAUGGAACAAAUCUCCCUGAGUUGUCAAAGAAUGGGGGUGUCUGGCUAAACAUUUAUCAAAACAGGAUACUUUCUGAGUUCGCAGGCUUACUAUCAAAUCUCACCACAAACAAACUGUAUGCAGUGUGUCUAGGUGUGAUAAAACAGUCGUAAGGAUAUAACACAGAUUUCUCUGAAGAAAGGAUAUAACACAUAUUUCUCUGAAGACUGUUUAUAACACACGUUUUCUGACGAAGGAAUCUAAAAGUUUUCCCUGACGAACGGAUAUAACCCAGAUGUCACUGAAGAAAGGAUUUAACACAAGUUUCUCUGACGACGGCAUAUAACACAGGUUUCUCUGACGACGGGAUAUAACACAAGUUUCUCUGACGACGGAAUAAACACAAGUUUCUCUGACGAAAGGAUAUAGCAAGGGUUUUUUUUGGCAAAAGGAUAUAACACGGGUUUAUCUGUGUUAAACCUACCUGAGUGCCUUGUGAUACAUACCUUUGACUCGGCGAUGGAGACAGUUCGGCUCGGGUUACUGGUCACAGUCCUCUGUUUUAUACCAUUCAGACAGGCAGCGAUACCAGUGUGGGGGUAUGUACCGCCAGUAGUCAUUCUAAGUGAAGACACGCCGAUUGGUACACUGCUGCUGAAUCUGACAGCCGAGGGUAACGACAUCACCAUACUGACCGCUAGCGACGACACUGCGAUGUUGGUCAACGUUUCGGAAACCGUUUCAAGUGACAACGUCACCUACUACGCUAAGGCCACCCUCGCAUCAGAACUCGACAGAGAUUUCGAACCAUAUGAACGGAGGAUUUUCUUCAGCGCAGACAGCCCUGGCUUUGAUGCGGUAACAAUAUCUACCCUGUUACGCAUCACUGACGUCAACGAUAACCCGCCAAGUUUCGUCAACAAGCCGUACAGAUGUGAACCCCUUGAGAACGUGGACGUUGGCGAGGUGAUCUUCUCGGGUGUCAGCGCCCCCGACCCCGACAUGGGCCCAACAGUAGACUUCACACUGGUCCCAGAUAGUGUUACUGAUGGCAUAUUUGGUGUCAACAAAACUGGCGAGUUCACUGCCGACAUCUUCCUGGUGCAAAGUCUGGACUAUGAGAAGAGGAACGCCUACACCGUAACCAUAGCUGCCUCGGACCAGGAUGGGCUGAACGACACUACAACACUGGAGGUCCUUGUACAGGACGUACAGGACACGCCGCCCUUCUUCCUGUUUGACGUCUACAGGGCAGCCGUGGUGGAGAACUCUCCCGCAGACACAUCCGUGAUACAAGUUCAGGCUGAAGACGGCGACAGGGGUGUUCCUAACUCCGUAGAAUACGCCAUUAUAGAAGGCAACACGGAACUGUUCUUCAUUGAUGCGACUAGUGGCGUCAUUACAACGAAGCAGUCUCUGGACAGGGAAGCACCCGACGUCAUCGACGUCAACGGCGUGUUUGACCUUCUGGUACAGGCAACUGAACUGAACGAGACGUGGCCCCAGUACGGCAACAUCACGAAGACUGUCAACGUCUACGCCACCGUGGAAGACGUAAACGACAACGCCCCCACUUUCAAUACAUCUACCCCCUAUACGGCAUUCGUCAGGAGCGACAUCCCCGACAACUCGCUCAUCUACUUUGAAGGAGAUGGGUACAUGCAAGUCUAUGACAAUGACCAGACAGGGAAAAGUGCAACAUUUGUAUUGAGUAUAGAACAAGGGGGACAACUCUUGACCAUAUUCGAACCCAGCCCGAGAGAAGUGUUCUCAGAGGCUAACGUUCUGAUCAGAGUGGUGGACGCGUCGGCUCUUCGAGCUUUGGGACAGACGCACGUCACGUUUGAAGUCAUCGCUCGUGAAGUCAACACCGCGGAGAACUUUUUCGGCAAGGCCAGCGUCGUGUUGACGAUAGAGAAGGUGGAGGAGCCGUCAACGACCGCGGCACCCCUGGAGGAGAACACCCUCACAACGUCGGACAUCGUGGUCUUCGUCGUGGGUUUCCUGGUCCUCCUCAAUGUCCUUACCUCCGUCACGAUCUGCUUCCUGAUGCGGGCCCGGAGUCGGAAGGAGGGCCUCAACAGGACCGGCUCCAAAUACUACAUAAAAAAUCGUCCAACCAACGACUUCACCAACCACGGCCUCCACAACCCCAGCACCACCGAGAUGGUGGAGGUCGACCCUGAGAUAUCGGUCUGCCCCAGGGUGGGGAAUGGGGAGUUUGCUGAGUAACUGUUGGGAUAGAGAGUUUAAAAAACCCGAGUUGGGGCCUGGUUAGAGAGUUCGGAGCGUACCGAGCGUAGUCGGGCUCAGGGAGUAGAAGGGGUUAGGGAGGGCUUAGAGAGAGUACGGGUUAUGGGAGGGAGUAAGAGUACACGGAUUAUGGGAAGGAUCAGGAAGCGCGCAUUAUA